CUCUGGGGAGGUCAAGGCUGGAGCUGUAGCCCACGUCCCUUCAGCUUCUUCCUCUGAUAAACUUCCAGCACAGCAAUCACACUUGCUCUUCUGGAAGCCUGGAGUCAGAAGCUCCACUGAGAGGAAGGCUGCAAGAGCCACAGCCUGCAUCAGGACUUUCAAGCCUCUGUCCCUUGAGUGGUGGCUCUUCCUUGGCUCAUUGGGAUGUUCCAGUUCUUGUUUUUCUUUGUUGUUCAGCUCCAGCCAGUGUCAUCGAUGGCCCUGGACCCCUGCUCUGCCUACAUCAGCCUGAACGAGCCGUGGCGGAACACGGAGCACCGCAUCAACGGCACGCACGGGCAGCCGGCGUGCGACAGCGGCAUGGCGGGCGAGUGGUACCGCUUCACGGGCAUGGCCGGCGACGCCAUGCCCACCUUCUGCGUGCCCGAGAACCACUGCGGCACGCACGCGCCCGUCUGGCUGGACGGCAGCCACCCGCGGCCGGCCGACGGCGCCGUGCGGCGCCGGGCCUGCGCCAGCUUCGGCGGCAGCUGCUGCCUCUGGAACGCCACCAUCCAGGUCAAGGCCUGCCCGGGGGGGUACUUCGUGUACCAGCUCAGCAAGCCCAGCGUCUGCUUCCACGCCUACUGCGGGCAUUUUUAUGACAUCUGUGAUGUGGUAGAUUGCCAGGGCUCCUGCCUGGACACCAGUGACUGCACGUGUCCCCCGGGUACAACACUAGGACCUGAUGGCCAGACAUGCCUUGAUGAAAAUGAGUGUGAGCAGAACAAUGGAGGCUGCAGUGAGUUGUGUGUUAACCUGAAGAAUUCCUUCCGCUGCGAGUGCGGGGUCGGGCGCACGCUGGGAAGUGAUGGGAAAACCUGUGAAGAAAUUGAAGGCUGUCACAAUAACAAUGGAGGCUGCAGCCACACCUGCAUUGAAGUGGAAGACACCUACCAGUGUGAAUGUCCCAGGGGACUUGUUCUGUCAGAAGACAACCACACUUGCCAGGUUCCAGUGCUGUGCAAGUCCAGCUCUAUUGAGGUGAACAUCCCCAAGGACCUGGUUGGAGGCCUGGACCUUUCCCUCAUCAACACCUCGUGCAAAGGCGUGUCCAACGGCACUCACGUCAACAUCCACUUCUCCCUGAAGUCCUGUGGCACUGUGGUAGAUGUGAUAAAUGACAAAAUCAUUGCCACCAACCUGGUGACUGGCUUGCCCAAGCAGACCCCGGGCAGCAAUGGGGACAUCAUCGUGCGCACCAGCAAGCUGCUGAUCCCGGUGACCUGCGAGUUCCCGCGCCGCUACACCAUCUCCGAGGGCUACGUGCCCAACCUCAAGAACUCGCCCCUGGAAAUCAUGAGCCGUAACCAGGGCGUGUUCCCCUUCACCCUGGAGAUCUUCAAGGACAAAGACUUUGAUGAGCCCUACAGGGGUGCUCUGCCCACCCUCAAGCUUCGGGACUCGCUGUACUUUGGGAUCGAGCCCUUGGUGCACGUCAGCGGGCUGGAGACGCUGGUGGAGAGCUGCUUUGCCACUCCCACCUCAAAAAUUGAUGAGAUCCUCAAGUACUACCUGAUUCAAGAUGGCUGUGUUUCUGAUGAUUCCGUGAAGCAGUACACGUCAAAGGACCAUCUUGCCAAGCAUUUCCAGGUUCCUGUGUUCAAGUUUGUGGGCAAGGACAACAAGGAGGUGUUCCUGCACUGCCGCAUCCUGGUGUGCGGCGCGCUGGACGAGAGCUCGCGCUGCGCCCAGGGCUGCCGGAGACGCGCGCGCAGGGCGGCCGAGCCACAGGAGCAACAGGAGCACGAGUCUGUGCACGUGGAAAACCACAUCCUGACAGGAGGCCCCAUCAGAAUCGACUUUGAUGACUGACACCACCCUCUGGAGCAGCAUCCCUGGCCUUCCCUAUCACUGCCUUCUGCUGUGUGUUUGAGAAACGACAGGUAUUUGUUAAGGCCCCGCUUGAACCUCAGGACUCAUUUCCUUAACUCUCUGGUGAUUAUUUGUGAAGUUUUUUGGGCCCAGGAGGCAGCCCUUGGAGUGUGAGCUGGACUGCAGAACAGUUUGGUUUUAUCUGCAUUUCUCCUCUUUAUCUUCAGCUGAAGGGACCCUGUUUCUUUGCAGGCCGGAAGUGUUGCCCAACUUUGCUUUUCCACACAUGCACCUACAGGCCCCAGGACUGUUUGUCCUUGACUAAACAAAUGUUAUCCAAGCCCUUCUUGCAUCAGACAGUACAAAUAGUAUUGUAGCUGAGUGUGUUUGCUGUGAGUGAUGCUGAAGCUUUCGGGUGACUGUUAAUAAAAACAUGUAUAAAAUAUA